AUGUCUGACACCGGCCGCAAGGAUUUCACCACUAAGGCUCAGGAGAAGAUGACUCCUAACUCGCAAAAGUCCACCAUGGACAAGAUGAAGGAGACCGUCACCGAUGCCUCCGACCGCAUGGGCAGCGGCAUGCAGUCCGACAACCAAAAGUCCUACACCCAGCAGGCCUUUGACUCGAUGCGCGGCCAGACCGACCGAGCCCAGGGCGGCAGCGGCGAAACUAUUGCUCAGAAGGCGAAGAAUGCCAUGGGCUUGGGUGACCACUAA